AACUAAAAUGUGUCCUUAACCAGUACGUGGUGCUAUAGAGUACCAGAAACAACUCCCAGACCCGGGGAAGAGCAAUGCUGCAGGAAUUCAAACUAGAAAUCCAGUGACGAACAAAAAGUCACUCGUCAUCUGGAAAAUGGAACCGCCAAUAUGCACACAGCAAGCUCCCAUAAACAGUAAUGAGCCCCAGGAUGACAACAGCACAAGAAAAACAAUAUCCCCCAUCAUUGCUGAGCUUUUUCAUUUACAAUCCAAAGUUUGGACCAAGAGAAGGUGAGGAAGAAAAGAAGAUUCUGUUUUAUCAUCCUAGUGAUGUUGAUAAGAAUGAAAAGAUUAGGAAUGUUGGAUUGUGUGAGGCAAUCGUGCAGUUUACAAGGACCUUCUGUCCCACCAAGCCUGCAAAGUCCUUGCAUACACAGAAGAACAGACAGUUUUUUCACGAAGCAGAGGAGAAUUUCUGGAUGGUUAUGGUGGUGUCAAAUCCUAUGAUUGAAAAGCUGAACAAGGAUGGAUCUCGUGUCCCGGAAUACCAGGAGGAUGAGUUACUGGACACCGUGUAUGGGGCAGUGAUCCAGCAGUGCUAUUGUAUGUACAAGCUCUUCAAUGGCACCUUCGCAAAAUCCUUGGAGGCUGGAGGCGUUGAACAUCUGCAACAGAGAAUCCAGAAAUUUUUCUACAGGUACUUGCAAACGUUACACUUACAGUCAUGUGACCUACUGGACGUGUUUGGUGGAAUCAGCUUCUUCCCUCUGGAUAAAAUGACUUACCUGAAGAUUCAGUCAUUUGUCAACAAAAUGGAGGAAAGCCUAGAUCUCGUCAAGUACACAGCAUUCCUGUACAAUGACCAACUCAUCUGGAGUGGUUUGGAGCAGGAUGAUAUGCGAAUCCUGUACAAGUACCUCACAACAUCACUCUUUCCAAGGCAUCUGGAGCCAGAGCUAAUUGGUCGUGAUUCCCCUGGACGAGGGGGAAUAACUGUGAACCUCAACCAUUAUGGCAGGUUUCUCACUGGCCCUUAUGAUAUCAACAAUCCUGACCUUGUAGUGCGGUUUCCGAGGAUCUUUGUGAACACUGACACCACCUAUGAAGAAUUGCACUUGAUUGUUUACAAGGCUAUGAGUGCAGUGGUUUGCUUUCUGAUUGAUGCUUCAGUGGAGCUGACUCGAGAAUUUUGCCAGAGACUAGAUAACCUUGUAGGACCUCAGCUCACUCUCUUGGCGUCGGACAUCUGUGAGCAGUUUAAUACAAACAAGAGGCUGUCAGCACCUGAAAAGGAACCUCACUUCAAGUUUAUUUACUUCAAUCACAUGAAUCUGGCUGAGAAAACGACCAUUCACAUGCGGAAAACAGCCAGCAUGUCCCUGACCUCGGUCCACACUGACCUAAUGAAGAUCCUGGGAGAUAUUAACAGUGAUUUCUCAAGAGCUGAAGAGGAUGAAGAAAUCAUCGUAAAGGCGAUGACCGAUUACUGGGUGGUUGGCAAAAAGUCUGACCAGCGGGAACUUUAUGUAAUCUUGAGUCAGAAGAAUGCAAAUCUGAUUGAAGUUAAUGAGGAAGUUAAGAAACUCUGUGCAACGCAGUUCAGCAACAUCUUCUUCUUAGAUUAACCAUCAAGUUCGCCACCCAUUAUGACUUUGGGUGUGUCACAGACAUUCAGGUGAGCGCUGGCACAAGCAGUAACUGUACAGUGCUGGACACAGCAAGUAACUCGUGCUCUUCACUCUGCCAAUGGCCAGUGCAGCGUCCUUAUUAAUGCUGCUUGUCCUUGGAAGUCCCCAUCUCGAAUCACAGACAGCAGAUGCUGUUAUAGGAAAUUUCCAUGGAAUGUAAGAUAAUUAGAUUUUAAAUAUUUAUGGCAACUGAAUUAAAAGAAUGUCAACUUUAUCAUUCCAGUCUGUAAUAUAUAGCAAGCUUGUAUUGUAAAAAAAAUAAAUUAACAGUAACAUUUGAGUGACAUUUUAA